AUGACUGACGAGAAGUGUGGCGCCAUCGAAGAGUGUCCUUCACUCGACGACACCCCGAAACGACGAGAAGCUCAAAAGACGUAUGAGAUUCAAGUGGAGAUUGAUGAUGCACCGGAUACCACAUUCAGCUGGCGUAAGCUGUGGGCAUUCACCGGACCCGGUUUCCUCAUGUCGAUUGCCUACUUGGACCCGGGAAACAUUGAAAGUGACCUACAGGCUGGUGCAAUUUCCUAUUUCAAACUAAUUUGGGUCCUUCUCAUCGCCCAUAUCAUGGGUCUUCUCCUUCAAAGACUGGCCGCCCGUCUUGGAGUUGUCUCUGGAAAACAUAUGGCUGAAAUCGCUUACUCCUACUAUCCGAAAGUUCCCCGACUGAUUCUUUGGCUACUUGUGGAAAGUGCAAUUGUUGGAAGUGAUAUGCAGGAGGUCAUCGGAACUGCCAUCUCAUUCUAUUUGCUAUCAAAUGGAGCAAUCCCGCUUUGGGCAGGAGUGCUUAUCACAAUUUGCGAUACUUUCACCUUCCUUUUCCUCGAGAAAUACGGAGUUCGAAAGUUCGAAGCAUUCUUUUGUUUUUUGAUCACUUGUAUGGCAGUGACAUUCGGAUACGAAUUCGGUGUCAGUAAACCGAAUGCGGGAAAAAUGUUCACCGGAAUGUUCGUUCCGUGGUGUACCGGGUGUGACAACAAUAUGGUUAUGCAGGGAGUUGCGAUUAUUGGAGCAGUCAUCAUGCCUCAUAACUUCUAUUUGCACUCUGCACUUGUUAAAAGUAGAAAAGUGGAUCGUCGACGUGCGGAAAAAGUGACGGAGGCCAAUAAGUACUUCUUCAUCGAGAGUGCAUUUGCUCUUUUUGUUUCAUUCAUUAUAAAUACACUGGUUAUUUCUGUUUUCGCUCAGGGAAUGUUUGGAAAGACCAAUAAUGAUAUUAGAGAUGUGUGCUACAACAACACUCACAACGGAAUGCCUGAUUUCUAUAGAGUAGAAUUCCCAGCUAACAACGACGCGGCUCAAUCAGAUAUCUAUCAUGCUGGAAUUUUCUUGGGAUGCACUUUUGGAAUUUUCGCACUUUAUGUGUGGGCUGUGGGAAUUUUGGCAGCGGGACAGUCGUCUACGAUGACUGGAACAUAUGCUGGACAGUUUGCCAUGGAGGGCUUCAUCCAAAUCCAACUUCCCCAAUGGAAGCGUAUCCUUAUCACCCGCUCCCUUGCUAUUCUCCCAACACUCGCCGUCGUCAUUUUCUCCGGUGGAAUCGACAAUAUUUCGAGUCUAAACGACUUUUUGAAUUGUCUGCAGUUGAUCCAACUCCCAUUCGCAUUGAUUCCAGUCCUAACUUUCGUCUCUGAUAAACACAUAAUGCACGAAUACAAAUUAGCAAGUGUCUCCAAAGCGGUUUCCAUCGUUAUCUCCCUGAUUAUCCUCUUCAUCAACUUCUAUUUCUUAUACUCUUGGAUUGGAAGUCAAUUCGGAUAUAAUGCGAUUUCCAUUCCGAUUACUGUAGUCUUUGCAAUUUUUUAUAUCAUUUUUAUCGCUUAUUUGACAUAUUACUGUCUGGUUGCCAUGGAAUUCAUCCCACCAAUCAAAACGAAAUGGCUCGCGGAGCCCAUCUACUACGACUUCGACGCCCCGUGGUUGGAGACAACAAAGAAUUCGAUCAGUUCAUCGGAAGAGUCACAAGAUUAUCGAUAUUAG